AUGAAGUUCCUCUUUGAUUCAUCAAAGGAGAACAGCUUGCUCACCACAUUUAUCAUCGUCACUUGUUCAGUGCAUGACAGUCAGCAACCUUGCAACAUACCACAACUCAGCUCCACCAUGGUUACUUAUAACGACAACUCCUGUGCUGGAAAUUCAUCUGGAACCUCUUUGGACUCCAGAAGUCUGAUUCCUGCAACAGUGCUGUCCAUCUGCUUUCUGCUGGGAUUCCUUGGAAACAUCGCUGUGAUCAUUCUCAAGCCAAACUGGGAGAACAUGUCCAGUCUGAGCCAGAGUUUGAUGCUGAACCUGGCUGUGUCAGACCUGCUCUGCAUGCUUACCAUUCCACUGUGGACAUACUCUUUUCUCAAUAGUUGGACCUUCGGGGUUGAGGCCUGCAAGCUGGUAACAUACCUCGGCUACUGCAGUGUUUAUGGUAGCCUGCUGACUGUGACUGCAAUGAGCAUCCAGCGUUACCUUCAGGUGGUGCACUUUGAGAGGAGGCUACAUGAAAUUGAAGCAUGGCAGCUGUUGGUUCCACUGUGGCUGGUUUCAAUGAUCCUGUCCAUCCCUGCUUUAGUGGUUCGAAAGCUGCACAAAGAUCAGCACUGGAUACACUGCAAAGCUCACUACUCCUCUGAGGGCCAGAGGAUUGCUGUGGUGUUCACAGGAUUCCUGGUAGGAUUUGUGGCAUUUUUUGUCAUAGCUUUUUCAUACAUCAGUCUCUACAGAAAGGUGAAUCAGGCAGCCUUUUUCAACAAUCCACAGACCACCAGACUGAUUACCAGCAUUGUUGUGACUGUUUUUGUCCUGUGGGUGCCAUAUCGUGCCAUGAAUAUUGUGGAGAUUGCAGCUGUUUCCCUACAUAACAAUCCCGUGAUGAAGUUUUGUGAGGACACCUGGAAUGCUUUCGCUUCUGUAACAUUUGUAAACAGUGCCGUAAAUCCACUCAUAUAUGCCUUUACUUCUAAUCAUUUGUUCACUUUUUGCCAAAAAAGUGCUAAAUAUUUAAUGGAGAAGUUCAGAAUUCCCCAAAAUCUGCCUGAGUUAUCAGAUAUCACUGCAGAAACUGCUCAGUGA